UCCCCGAUUCCCUAAUCUGUGUUUUCCCCUUCUCUGCUUUUCCAUUUUUUGCCCUCGUCCUCAGCCUUCAGAUUCUCCGACGCCUCCUUGCAAAGACACCUUCUUCAUUGCAAUCUUGCCCGAUUUUGCAUUCACCCGGUUGUUGUUCAUCGAACUCUUCCCCGAUUUCCCUGGUUACAGUAAUGGCUCGUCUGCCUUUAAUUGCACAAAGUGUGAGGCGUAAAAGAAUUGGUGCUGCAUUGACAAUAUGGUUGGAAAUCUGUAGAAUUGCGAUUUGGUUCUUAUUUAGAAUGGGUGCCAGCCUUAGCCUACAUACUUAUAGACCAAUGAUUAGGUCCUACACCUUAGAUUUUUAUGCAAAACGGGAUUAUGUGAAAAGGCUUGUAUAUGCUAGUGACGAGACCUGUAUUGAACAGGUUAGGAUGAAUAUAACUGCCUUUUUUAAACUAUGUGAGAUGUUAGAAUCGUUAGGGGGAUUGAAGUCGUCCAGAAACAUGCUUGUUGAUGAGCAAGUGGCAAUGUUUUUACAUAUCAUCUCCCAUCACCUGAAAAAUCGAGUUAUCAAGCAUCACUUUAGAAGGUCCAAGGAAACUGUUAGCAGAGCAUUUCAUAGUGUUUUAAAUGCUGUCAUACGCUUACAAGAUGUGUUAUUUAAAAAGGCGGAGCCAAUUACAGCUGAUUCUUCUGACACAAGGUGGAAAUGGUUUAAGAAUUGCUUAGGUGCUCUUGAUGGAACCCACAUCAAGAUUAGGGUUCCAACAGUUGAUAAACCUAGAUAUCGAACGCGAAAAGGUGACAUAGCAACAAAUAUGCUAGGUGUUUGUACACCUGAUAUGCAAUUUGUUUACGUUCUUCCUGGUUGGGAAGGUUCAGUUGCUGAUGGACGUGUUCUUCGAGAUGCCAUUAGUAGGACACAUGGACUAAAAGUUCCUAAUGGUUGUUAUUAUCUAGUUGAUGCUAGCUACACAAAUUGUGAGGGAUUUCUUGCACAUUUUAGAGGACAACGAUAUCAUUUGAACGAGUGGCAUCAGGGUUAUCAGCCAAGUUCUCCGCAAGAGUUUUUUAAUAUGAAACAUGCCUCAGCACGUAAUGUUAUUGAAAGAUACUUUGGUUUAUUAAAAGUUAGAUGGAACUAGCCAACCAAAUGUUCCGUGAAUGAUAAUAAUGUCAGGUGUUCCACAAUCACAUGCUUCUUCUCAAGCUUCUCGAGGAAGCAAAAGAAAAUGGAUUCCAGAAAAAGAUGCAGCCUUGGUUUCUUGCAUGGUGGAUUUGCACAAUGUAGGAACAUUUAAUACUGAUACCGGAUUCAAGGCCGGUUAUUUGAACGAGCUAGAAAAAAUGCUAGAAAAGGCUUUACCAAGAGCAAUGUUGAAGGCGAAGCCAAAUAUUGCAUCUCGGAUUAGGUGCCUAAAAAGGGAAUGGUCAGUCGUCUACGACAUGCUUAAUGGCCAAA